AAGAUCCUACACUAUUUUUUACAAAUGAUAUAUUUGAUAGUCAUAUCGGCCUAGCAAUUAAUAUAGAUUGGUUUCAACUAUUUGAUUAUACAGUUCAUAGUACUGGAGUAAUUUAUGGAUUAGUUGAUUUUGCUUUCAGUAUAGAUUUACUAGCAAUAUUUGAAUAUAAAAAAGGAUGCAAAAUUUAUAUCGCAUUAAUUCUAUCAUCAAAUGAUAUUCCAGCUGCAAGAAAGAUUUGUGAUAAUGCAAGUCAUACAUUUAAUCCAGUAGAUAUAACAAAAUAUUUUAAUGCAGCGAAAGAAUGGUUAAAUUGUACAAAUAAACAGGAAAAAGAUGAUCAUGUAUCUAAAACGGGA